GUCACACAAGACUAGUCAGUACACCUAGUUACAAGCCCAGAUCUACAGCAGACCGCCUGCUGUGGCUUCCCUCCCUAACCCCUCAACUCCAGUGGAUCACACAGAUCUUCCCCCUCCAAACUUCUCUCCCCACACUCAUUACUUUUCCCAGCCCCCAACUCCAGCAGUCAUUCCAUGGAAACCCACAGGCCACUCCUACAAGGGAAGCAGCCCCCAACUCCAACAGGCAUUCUCUGGGAACCCACCACCCAAGCCUGCCAAAGAAGCAAGUAGGCCAACUGAUCAGCCAAAAGAGCCUGACACGUGAGGAGGUAGUGACACCUCCCCUGAAGGAGCAUACCAUUUCAAGCUCUCCAAUGACCCUGGCUGUGGAUUUUAAAACUUAUGUGGAUCAGGCAUGUAGAGCUGCUGAGGAAUUUGCCAAUAUUUACUAUGAGACAAUGGACAAAAGAAGACAUGCAAUUAUCAGGCUGUAUUUGGACAAGGCCACUGUAAUCUGGAAUGGAAAUGUUGUUAAUGGACUGGAAGCUCUUGCUAAUUUUUUUGAGACUUUGCCUUCCAGUGAAUUCCAGAUCAAUAUGUUGGACUGCCAACCAGUUCAUGAGCAAGCUACACAGGCCCAGACUACAGUUCUUGUUGUGACCAGUGGAGCUGUGAAGUUUGAUGGAAACAAACAACACUUCUUCAACCAGAACUUCCUGCUGACUGCACAUAGCACUCCUACCAACACUGUGUGGAAGAUUGCAAGUGAUUGCUUUCGCUUUCAAGAUUGGGCUAAUAUUUAAAGGAGCAAAAGUCGACCCAAUAGGUCCAUUAGUUGCAGCAAGAAACAUUUCAUGUGAAUUAAUGUAGUUCAUAAUAAAAGUAUUAUAAAUCAUUAUGGGCCAAAACAAAAUAUAUUUUUUAUUCCUACCAGCAUUUUUGCUAGAGCAGCUGCCAGUUUUGAUUGUUGUCCCUAAGAGCUUUAAAAAUAGUUGUUGACAUACCUUUUGCAUACAUUCCACUACUGAUAAUCACAGGGUAAUAUUAAAGAUGAUCUAAGUGCUAAGAUAAUCACUGUGAACUCAAUCUAUUGCACAAAUGGAGUCCUUUUGUAAUAUGUAUGGAAGAUUACAGCAUAGUUCUGUGAGAAGAAGUAGUGGCUUUUCAAUUAUUAGGAUAAUUUUUCAAUGAAGCACAUACCUGUUUACAAUCAACACUGGUUGUAGAGUUUUAAUGUAUAAUUAUAGAUUUUUGAAGUCAGUUCAACUUACACCAGUGAGUAUUCUGACACAUUUGAAUUACAUGUAAAGGUUCAUAUAAUUACUUUAUCCAUACUAUAUAACUCCAUAUAAAACACGUUUCCUUUUGUAAUGAGGUGAUCAACUAGAUAGCCAAAAAAAAUGUUCUCAGCUGAUACUUGAGUAUUGGGUGUGUUUAGUGACAGCAAUACCUUUCACAUAUUUUCUUGGCAGUUUCAGGUCAAUAUAUUUAUGUGAUAAGUGGUAGUAAAGCUAAAAGCUUUAAUGGGAGAACAUGAAAUAAGAAAUGUAGAAAUCCAAGACUGAAGGCACAAAAGCGAGAGCAGUGACUGGGGGAUAAAAUCAGUUCUUGUUUUCUCCUGGCAAUAUAACCUAGUUUGAGGAUUUGAAUCCCACAGUCUUAAAGUAAUCUUACCAAAUGGUCAUAAGCUCGCUUUUGUUCAAAGAAUUGGAUUUUAAGAUCUUACUUCCCUUCAUACUUCAGUAUCCAUCCCAGUUUAUUCAAGAACUUAUGUGAAUAGCCAUUAGUAGUAAACUUAACUUUGUGACAGAAUCUGAAAGUUAGAAAGCUACUGCUGACUCUGUUCACCUUAAACUCCUAAGUCUUCCACAGCACUUCAGGCCCAAAGACAUCUGUAUAUUACCUACCACUCACAUGAAUAGUUCUCCCCUCUGGAUUUUGCACUGUAAACUCUAUUACUACUAUUUAAAGUUGUCUCUAAUUUUAUAAUUUGUUUUUGUGUGGCACUGGAUAAAAAAACAAUAUUAAAACACUUCUGCCUAUGCUUAAAAAAACAAAAAAAGGAGAAAAGAUCUUCAUGAUUAACUUCAAAGGAACACUCAUUAAUUUUAUGUAUUAGAUUCUAAAGACAAAUGUGCUUUUAGUUUUUAGUUAAACUUUAAAAUUCGUCAUAAUUUUAAAAUAUUUUAAGCUAAAUAUGCUAGCUUUGUUCUGUAGUACAACCAAAAUUAAAUUUUUAUCACUCAAUUUUAAAACUAGUAAUUUACUUUGGCUCAGAAACACACACUAUAUUUCUAAUCCAUGCAUUACUAAAAUGGAAUUAAAUAGAAUAUGGUAGAUUAUUUAAGUACUUAUCAAAAUUUACACAUUCUAUUCAGAGUGUACUUACUCUUGUUUUUAAUUGUUUUUUCUUAACUAUGUCUUUAGCAAAAACAAUUAAAAUUCUCAGGUCUAUCCUUUCUGCUUGUGAAGAACAAUCUCAAAAGCUGUGUACAACUAGCAAUAACAAAAUUGAACCAUUGUGAAUUAUUUUAUCCAUACUGUAUAACUCCAUAUUCCUUAUAAUGCUUAAGUGGCUGGAACUUCUCAUACAUGGACUAAACUGUGUUUUUAUGGCUCAUAUCUUUCAAACUUGAAAAAUAUAGUAAAAACUUCAUUGUGA